UACAAGAGAGACAAAUUGUGGAUUAGAAUUUUGAUUCGACGAUCACAAAAGAAAAGAAAGAAAGAAGUGAAAAAAAUGUCGAAGGUAAACGAAGGGGUGGUGAUGGGAGUUCCGUACUAUAUCGGACAGAAUCCAUACCAAGCCGGAGCGCCUCCACCAAACGCCGUCUAUGGAGAUCCCAAGGGUAUUCCGAUUCAGCAGACUAUUUACCGCGACACCCCCGCUCCUUUCAACUGCGUUUACUGCGGUAGUUCUGGACUUACUAACAUCAGAUCGAAGCCAAGUUUAGCAGCUGUUGUCGGUUGCAUGAUGCCAAUGAUGCUUGGAAUUUGCUUUCUUUGUCCUUCAAUGGACUGCCUCUGGCAUAAAUAUCACUACUGCCCUAGCUGCAAUGAAAUGGUUGCGAAUUUUGAGAAGUCGGAUGCCUGUGCAGUGGUGGAUCCACCACAGUGGACACAGGAAAGCUUUGCAUUGCCUGCGUGAUAUUAUAACUCUGUUAUUCAGAUUGUGACUGCAGUUGUUAUUUGUUUGUAUUUGCUUUCUUGUCUGCUUGUUGUCAUCUUGUUUCCCUUAACAAUGAAGUCCUAAAGUACGGUUCUUGGUACAUAAUUUCAAAAAAUGUUACAAAGAUAACAGUGAUCUUUGUGACUCAUAUAUGAUACAGCUAGUUAUACUUCCUGAA